AUGUACUUCUCUUCACUAGUAACGCUCGCCGUCCUUUUUGGCGCCGCUGCUGCUGUCCCCACACCAGCUGAACACAGUCUUGUCGCCCGCGACUGCUCCGCUGAGGUUCGCCGUUUCAACAUCGAGCGCCGCGAGAAGAGGGGCCUUGGCAAGCGCGCCUUCUACAACAGCAUAAAAAACGCUACUUGCAUCGUGUCCCCUGAUGCACCAAGAGUUAACUACGUGGCCAACCCAGCUGUCCGCACCGAUGUUACUGACGGUCAAACCGGUAUCGCUCUGACUCUCGAUGUUGGUGUCAUGGACAUCACCACCUGCCAACCCUUGACAAACACGAUGGUCGAGGUCUGGUCCGCCAAUGCGCAGGGGAACUAUGGCUCGUACCUCCGGGGUGCUACCGCGACUUCUUCAAGCGGUAUCGCCGAGUUCCAAACUAUCUUCCCCGGCUACUCAUCGGACGGAGCCAAUCACAUCAACCUGCUGGUUCACCAGCAGUCCCUGGGAUCACCAGUCACCCAUGUGGGCCAGGUCUUCUUCACCGAUCGAUGGACGGAGGUUGUGUCGAUGACUUCGCCAUACAACACAAACACCCACAAGCUCACGAAGAACGCACAAGACCCCAACUACACCAAGGCAAGCAGCUCUGGCUACUCCCCGAUUGUUGACAUCGAGUCGAUCAAUGACGACUGGCCAGAGGGUGUCGUCGGAUAUAUCACUGUCGGCGUGAACCCAAGCAAGUCUGUCUGA